AUAUUGAAACUACCAACAUUAUUUGCUUUAUAGUUAUGUACUAUAUAUUUUCUACGAGGAAUAAUAGACAAAUAUACAAUACUUCCAAGUUAAAGCAAUUUCUUUUCUAUCACACUGCUAGAAUUAACAAACCCUUGUUUGAUGAAUACGAAAACGAAACCUAAACUGUUUUUUCCUGCAAUGUAUAGUAUUAACUUAACCGAUGCCGCAAGGUGGACAAUAAUAAUUGCAACUACCACAACAAAGGUCUCACCAUACCAAACCAUGACGUCGCUACACAAGACAAGUCAGCCAUUUUGUGUUGACCUUAAGACGAAAACUCUACGUAAUUUACGUUGUAGGCUUGUUUCGUUCUACAUCAGAAUAAAGCAAAUAAUAUUGUUUAAAGCAGAAUUCUUUAAAAGUCGAUCCUACAAGGAUGAUUAUAACAAAUUGUGUAAGUUAAAUUCAGUUGAGAUUACGAAAAUAUUAAAAGUUUAUACUCAUCAAAUUAGACUGAUUCCCGUCACAAGAAAAUUUUCGGAUUCAAUACAGAAAAACUUUGUUCUUGCUUUGACGACAAUAACAGUUUGUUGGCCGAUACGUACAUUCCACAGUCACUACCAAAAUUUUUCUUUUAUGCGGAUUAAAAAUUAUAACAUGAUUUGCGAUCCUAGUAAUAUUAAAAUCUUUUUCAGACGUAAAUUUGAUGAAAUCAUGUCAGGAGACGACCAUGAACAGUCGCCUAUGGACUUGGGAGACAAUUCUGCUGACGAUAUAGUGAGGAUGCUCGACCAACACAGGGAGGAUAACGCUGAGUUUGUUGAGGUACAAACGCAAUUGAUACGCAAUAUAGGGACGGUCUUUGGACAAAAGGUAAAAAGUAACUCUGGUACAACCCCAUUUGUUGAUGUUAGCAAAGGUAGCAAUGUAACGAACAUGGAUAGAAUGUAUUUUAGAAAUUUAAAUCCGAUUACAGCCGAGGUUAAUAAAAAGGACAGCUCUAUGGAUGGGACGGGUACACUUCCUGGGUUUUUGGAAAAGGGCAAGGAUGUCACAUGUGAUGAAAUACCGCCGUCUUGCAUUACACCAUAUAAAAAUAUCUCUAGUUUUCUAAGCAAAAAUGUUUUUCUUGCAAAAAAGCGUGUAUGGAAACAACCACCUGAUACAUGUACUCCCGUCAUUCCUUAUAAUGCCCCUAGCUUAACCUUAAUACAAACGGAAAAUGGUGGUAAGGCAACAAAAAAACUUCCUGUCGAAAUAAAUAUUAAUGCGCCACACUUCUACGGGGAAAGAAAAGCAGGAUAUGCCAUGGGGGUUGCAGAUUUUAACUGUAAGGAAAGUUACACAUCCACCUUUGACUUGUUGCGCCGCUGUAGAAUCUGCUCGAUAGAGCACGACGUUUUCCCCCAAGAACUCGUCGGAACUCUAAUCGUCGGAGAUGCUUACACGCCGUGUUACAUGGGCGGAGGAGGUGGAUGCGUUCCCAUUUUCAGAUUACAUAAUGCAUCCUUCAGGGAAAUUGCAUACAAAUUACGGUUCCUGCUUAAGACAAGAAAGAGUAAUGACGGACAAUUUUUGGGAACCCCCCGUUUAAUUAUCAUCUCCCUUCCAGCCUACCUUAAGGCUGUCGGUGCGUCAGUUUACCUGGAUGAAUUCAACAAAUUUAAAUGUUGGGCCAUGCACUUUCUAUCCUCAAAGGAGGACAUCAAUCCGGCAGACCAUCGCAUUUUCAAACCAUGUUUAACUCCUGUCCGUGUUUAUGAAGGAUUCGCUUUAUACAAGCAAGGGGACCUAGGUUUGGCAGAGUCCUUCACAGUAAUUGCAAGGAGCUUUGAUAUCUUAACUGCCGUAGAGCCUACUCAAGAUCAUGGAUUUUUUUACGAUGCAAUGGAAAGAACAAUGACAAAUUUCUGUAUUGACCCCCCCCCUAAACAGGAGUUAACCGGUUAUGUAGCAAUUGAACCAGUUACGCGUGAUUUCACUGUGUACGACUAUAAAGUCAAAUUUACUGGCCUGCCGGCGCCACUAGUUGUAGAUGGAAUCAUAGACCCCGCGGUCACAUUAUUCUUUACCAAACAACUUGUAUCUAUAAUCCAUUCCUGGUACGCAAAGAACGGUUUGGAAAACUUUAUUUCGUCACUCCCCGGGAUUGAAAAUUUAGUUGGUGAGAACAAGUCCGAUCAAGAACGACAGGAAGUUUUUUCUGAACUCCCCUUUCAAGGUGGCGCGGAUAAAAACAAUAGAGUCCUUAUUGCUGGAAAUAGCAACUUUGCUAUGAUACAUGCUGAGCUUUCAAAAUCACUUGAUGAAGAAGUUGUUUACAUUAAAUACCCGUUUAAUGCAUUUGCAAAACCCAUUGAAAUACAAAACUUCAUUGAUAAACUUAAACUGAGAAAAGGUGACAUUCUUGUCCUAGAGGGGCAAGGGAAUUCUCUUUUUCAAGGCAUGUUGACCCCUAAGUACAAACGACACCAGCCUUCAGGAUCUCCCGCUGAACAUGUCCAAACCGGCAGUGGUAAAUCUAAGGUAUACCAUGUUAUCAAUGCUGCACCAUACGAUGCGGAAUAUUUCAACGUUUUCGGUAUUUUUUUCAAAAAUAUGAUGGAAAAUAUCUCCAAAUUUGAAGCAAAAGUUGUCAUUGUAACUCCUUUUCCUAGAUAUAUGAGAUCAUGCUGCACACAAGCUGGACAUUUUUAUGCGGGUUUUUCUGGAAAUGAAUACAAUGCCGAAAUUAUCAGAUUAGGAACCUUCCUGUCUAGACUACCGUCGGUUGCGGGGUCGUUUGUACUCACCCCUGAAGAUUUUUGUGAUCGAGAUAGCUGGGUAAUUAGAGGAAACAUGAUAUGCGAUGAUUAUAUUCACCUUACUCCUAAAGCCAUAAACCUUGUCCGGGAUUCUAUACAGAGAUGCGUACAUUAUCUUAGAAUUGUCCCGGAAGUACCCGUUCCAUCGUUAGGUACCUGUGUUCCUGAGAAAAUGCUAUUUUCUGACUGGAUAGACCGUUUCCGCUCAACUUGUGGGUUUGAUGACUUGAGGUCCUCAGGCAACGCUAAACGUCAAAUGCCCGAUCACAAAUCUGAAAGGCCAGCUAAACGCUAAAGCUUGUCUUGCCUCUGUCCAUGGGCCUAAAACCUAUGCCGUAUUAUUGUGUACCUUGUCAGAUGAAGCUUUUUCUCCCCUAAAUAUGGCUUAGCGUCCAAAACCUUAAAACAGCAAUCUUAAAGCUAUAACCAGAGUAUGGAGGGAAAAACAUUAAAACCACAGAACUAGCUCCAAUAAUAUGUUUUAAACCUAGAGACUCAUUUGUCUCAGAAUGAGGAAACCCAAAACUAUGCCUUAAACGAAAAUGAUCGGGAAACUUCACAAGUCCUACCAACCGCUGGACAUACUGUCUACAGAAAUCUGCUAUUUUAUAACGCUAGGGUCAGAGCUUAAGAAACUCGAGAUAACCUGUACCUGUUCCCCAUGUAGCUAAGAGGAUGGAUAAUUUCAACUUUAAAUACAUAACGUUAGGGGCAGAAUUGAAGACACCUAGUACCUGUUAAUCAUGUUCCUGAGAGGUUUGACGAAUCCAACUUCACACGCGCAUAACGGUGUAUGCUGAAUAACCGUGACGCAUGCUGCCCCGGCAGCAAGGAUAGUGGUCUGAAAGGAGGGCCAAACACUACCUGAAAAUCGAUCUCUACCCUGCCGAUCUAAAAUCGGUCAUUUGUAUGCGAGGGGUUACCCUCAAUGUUAGCCUUCCUCGCAUUCAUAUUUCAGCGAAUAUUUGUUAAUUUUCAAGUUUUAACUCGGAUUGUUCCCUAUAACUGUUUGGAUUAACUAGAAU